AUGGAUCAAUUAGCACCUUUCCGAGUAAAGUCUCAUCAUAGAGGUCGUGGCAUCUUCUCCACCAAAUCCUUUGUUCCAGGCGAUGUGAUCCUCCCAUUUACACCCAGGAUUCUCAUCCCCUCACUUUCUCACAUAAACAACAUAUGCAGUCAUUGCUUUAAACAAGCAGAAGUGCGCGCCUGUUCCAGAUGCCAUGCUGUGUCCUACUGUGAUGCUGCCUGUCAGGCGGCAAACUGGACGGCUGUCCACUCCAAAGAGUGCAAGGUUCUGCGCAAGGUCACCGAACAAGGGCGCCCGGGACUACCAACGCCUAUACGUGCAGUUGUCCAAGCGCUGGUUAAGCCAGAGAUUGGCAAUGCUAUAGAGGAUUUGGAGGGCAAUGGCACGUCUUGGCGGAAGAGUGAGAAGUGGGCGGAUAUGGAGAUGAUGGCGAUGGGCGCGAGUGCCUUUGCUGGGCUGGGAACAGGCCAAGAGGAUAUCCAGACGAACGCUUUUCACAGAUAUGACACCGAUCUAGGCCAAGUGGGAAUCUUUCUAGAACCAAAGCUUGCCAUGGCGAACCACUCCUGUAUCCCAAAUGCUAUGGUGCAGUUUAUUGGCAGGAAAGCUAUACUUAGAGCGGAGAAGCCGAUCAAGAUUGACGAUGAGAUCGAAAUCUCUUACACAGAUUACACGUUCCCUCUGUCAAAGCGAAAACUGGCACUUGCACCAUACUUCUUUGACUGUAUGUGUCUGAGGUGUGAAAAAGACCUCAACGUGUACCAAGUAUGCGCUGGCUCACCUAUCAUCGACAUGAAUCGCCAUAGUCUUGUCGCGGAUGUUGGUAAACUUGGUCGACAUCCUGGAGCAACAGAUUCGAACAAAGUCUCCGCGGCGAGAAGACACAGUGAAGGGCUUUCUGAACUGCUGGAAGAUAAAGAUUCAGCCGGCUCUUUGGAAACUCGCCGCGCAUCUCUACGGAAACGCUACCACCGAUGUAAAGGAUUGGCCGCUGAAGACAUGUGGGCGGUAUCACCGCUCCCACAACUGUUAUCGGAGAUAUCGAUCCUGUACGCCGAGGAAGGUAAUUUCGUAUAUGCUUUGGUAACGGCAUGCUUUAUCACAACUUCCUGCGACUCCUAUCGACAUGUCCUACCUUACCACCCGGUCCGCAUCAAGGGUUUUCUACUCGUUGCCAAACUCCUGGCCAACACCGCAGCGGACACAGCCUCCCUUGGAAGGUCUCAAGCGGUAACAAUCAAGGGAGACUUCAACCAAAGGUCUCUGCAGACACUUCAGGAUAUCGACCAAGUGUCACUGUGCCAGAUGUUGCUCAUCAUGAUUCUCAAGUCUGUUCCCAAGGGUUAUGUGCAAGAGUGGGAGGUCUCAAUCACUGCAAAGCAGAUGUUGGAUGAGAUAAACCAACUCCCAGGAAGAGAGCAAGAGUCAUCACUGAUUAAUGAUUGGAGAAAGGAUCCUGAGGCUGAUCAAGCGCGGGCCUUCUUUGAAUACGCUGUAGUGAAGCAAGUCGAUGCCCUGGCUAACCUAGGAUUGGAGGUACUCAAGAUGGAUUUUGGACAGUGA